AUGACCUCGGCGGAGAACACUGGAGGCCAGGGGCCCGGAGGAGACGGGAGUGUUCGGCCUGUUUGGUUUGGCCACCUGGCAGAAUUUAGCUCCUGGGACGCAAUGGUGGUGAGGGCCCUCAUCCUGCUGGUGCUCUUUGCGGAAGCCUCGGCGAAGUCAUGCAUUCCGAAUAAAGCAGAUGUCAUCCUUGUAUUUUGUUACCCCAAAACCAUCAUCACUAAAAUCCCUGAGUGUCCCUAUGGAUGGGAAGUACAUCAGCUGGCGCUCGGGGGAAUGUGCUACAACGGGGUCCAUGAAGGAGGUUACUACCAGUUUGUGAUCCCAGAUCUGUCCCCUAAGAACAGGUCCUACUGCGGAACCCAGUCAGAGUACAAGCCUCCCAUCUACCACUUCUACAGUCACAUCGUGUCCAACGACAGCACAGUGAUUGUAAAGAACCAGCCUGUCAACUACUCCUUCUCCUGCACCUACCACUCUACUUACCUGGUGAACCAGGCUGCUUUUGACCAGAGAGUGGCCACUGUUCAUGUCAAGAACGGGAGCAUGGGCACAUUUGAAAGCCAGUUGUCUCUCAACUUCUACACUAAUGCCAAGUUUUCCACCAAGAGAGAAGCCCCUUUCAUUCUGGAGACUUCGGAAAUCGGUUCAGACCUGUUCACAGGAGUGGAAGCCAAAGGGCUAAGCACCCGGUUUAAAGUGGUCCUGAACAGCUGUUGGGCCACCCCCUCGGCUGACUUCAUGUACCCCUUGCAGUGGCAGCUGAUCAACAAGGGCUGCCCCGCCGAUGAAACAGUCUUCGUGCAUGAGAACGGCAAGGAUCACAGGGCAACUUUCCAAUUCAAUGCCUUCCGGUUCCAGAACAUCCCCAAACUCUCCAAGGUUUGGUUACACUGUGAGACCUUCAUCUGUGACAGUGAGAAGCUUUCCUGCCCAGUGAACUGCGACAAACGGAAGCGUAUGCUACGUGAGCAGACAGGGGGUGUCCUGGUGGUGGAACUGUCCUUGCAGAGUAAGCGGGUUGCCCGAUAGUCAUGUGCACUCUGGGCUGUGCCCACAGGCACGGCAGGUUUGAGCAUUUUGAUUGAAUUGUCAAACCAGGCGUGCCUGUGGACACA